GGCACUCCACUGUGUCUACUUAAUUAAUAAAGGUUUCAACUUUGAGGAUAAACCUCACCGGUUCUCACAGGGUUUAUCGUUUAACGGUUGAAACGAAGCGAAACUUCCAACUUCAUCUUCAACCCUGCGCUUCUUUUGAACUGGUAAAAACUUCGAUCAUUUUUUGCUCUUUAGUCGGUGUUCAUUUCAACUCAGAAGUCAGAACAUCGGAGCUCAUCAAAUUUGUGCUAGUUUGCAAGGGAAGCUCAUUGAUUGUAAACUGUUAACAGGCAUGGCAAGCUCUUUGACAACAUUAGCCAUUACCUAUUCUCCUGUCAACAAUGGUUCCAGGGGUUUCAGAAAGUCAGUUAAUGCUUCUAAAGGAAGGUGUUGCAUAAAAGCAAUGAGGAUAGAGAAAUCCUUGGAGGAAUUGUACAAUGUGAAGGUGGAAAGAAAAGUUCCUCCUGAGAGACUAGCGGAGCUUGGAGUUUCAAAAUGGUCAGUGUGGAAGACUGGGAAAAGCAGGUUGCCUUGGGACUGGCAGGUAGACCAACUGGUGUACAUAGAAGAAGGGGAAGUGAGAGUUGUGCCUGAAGGAAGCCAGCGUUUCAUGCAAUUUGUGGCCGGAGACUUGGUCCGGUACCCAAAGUGGUUUGAAGCUGACCUCUGGUUCAAUGGUCCAUAUCAAGAACGUUAUAGUUUCAGAGCAUAUGGUGAUGAUCAUUGACGAGAAGAUGAUGCUUGGUAACCACUUAAAAGUAGCAUGCACAUCUUAUUUGGAUGUUUUAUGUAAUAGAUGUUUUUUAAAAGUUAUAGUUUUCCAGUUCUAAAUGUAUUACCAAUAUUUUUUAAUGUUAGUGAUACUUUGCCAUCAUUUAAAAGAAAUAGUCCUAAAUGCUUCUGUUGUAUCCUUUUCAUGUUCUGCCUCUGCAAGGUAAGACUUCCCGAUGAGUUCAUAUCGACCAACUUCAUA